AUGGAUGAAUUUACUGAGAAUUUUGAAGUGGAUAGUAACUAUUUGAAUGAAUUACCAUUUUCUGAAUCUUUAUUUACUGAUUUUGAAGUGAUCAACAAAGAAUUGGAAGAAACCAAUCAAUUAUUUGAUUACAUUAUUAAAGAAAAUGAAUCGCCUUGUACAAUACAAACUGAACAAAUAAAAACUAAAGAAAAUUUAAAAAUUACCAAGGGUAAAAAGUAUAUCCAAUUAUUGGAUAUGAUAUUGAAUAGUAAAUUAAAGGAAGAAAAAGAAGUUAAAGAAAAUACUCGAAUGUUACACAAACAAAUUGAAAAUGAACUAAACGCUUUGAUAAAUUCAAAUAAAAAAUUUAAAACAUCUAAACAAAUCAAUCAAAUAGAAAAUACAAAACAAAACUCAAAUCAAAUUGUACUAGUAGAUACUAUUGAAAAGUUCAAUACUUUUCCAGAUGAAAUUUGUCGAAAUAUUGAAAAGUUUUUACAAUUAAAUGAUAAAUCAUUAUCACAAAAUAAUAACACAGUAAGGAACAAAAACAACAAUGAUUCCCAUCAAAAUAACGUUAAAACAGAUGAUUUGGAUGAAGAGAUAACCUCUAAAUCCAUCUUUAAAACAGAGUACAUCAAAGAAUGUCAAACGAAUGAGGAAAAAGAAAGAGAAGACAGAAUAAACAAACUACUUGACCAAGAAAUCGAAGUUGAUUCAAGUGCAUCUUUGCAAGGCAAUCAGUGUAAUCAAUUCAGGAAUCAAAAUACAUCAUUUAAUGAAUCACUAUUUAAUUCAUUCAACGGUAAAUCAAGGCAAAAUAACAAGAAUUUCGUAAAACGCAACAUCGAGCUUGCAUCACAUUGGAAGGAUAUAAUUCCAAUGACAAUUGAAGAUAAAGAACGACUAGAAGAAAUUCUAGCUGAAGACGAAGAAGAAAUGCAAAUUGUCAAACAGAAUGAUAUACUUCAAAAUGAAAUGAAUAUUGCCAUACACAAAGAAUCUAGUGACUCAAUUCAUAAUGAUAGAUUACUGUCGAUAGACAAUAUGGGCAGUAUAUUACAGCUAUAUUUAAAUAGAACCAAGAGAAGUGGUUCAUGUUUAGAUGAGCCAGUAUCAAAUAAUGAUGAUGAUCAGAAUCCUACAAACGAUAAACGUAAUUCAGUUAAUCAGUUAAUGUUGAAAGAAAAUUGCCAACAGUCAGAUAAUCAAUUGCUAGGAAUGUUAUGUCGUCUAAAUGAAAUCGAUGAACAACUUGAAAAGUUUCAAAUUCAAAGGAGAAUAGACAAUGAAAAUACAUCACAAAUAUUGUCUUCUUUAAGAUCAACUGAAGAAGAAAACAAGAUCCUGAACGAAUCUAUACGCCCAGGAGAAUAUGCACUCAGUAAAUACCAAGAAACUCGUGAAGUAAAAAAACGCCUCAAUGAAAUUGAAACUCGACUUGUUCAAAUUCAAAAAAUUAAUUUUGAAGAGUUAAAUGCAAUUUUAUUUUUGAUUUGUUAUACUAAAUUAUGGAAGAAUUCAUCUAAUAAUAUUGAACAAUUAAAUAUUGAUUUAAAUGAAUUAACACCAAAUGAUUAAGAAUUGAAUUUUAUGGAUAGUUCUGUUCAUGUUUUUAUUUAUUAAAAUAAAGUCAAUGGAUUAAUUAUUUAUGUAAUAUUAUAUUUUAUUUUAGCGGCAUUUUAAAUGAUCAAUCUUAAAUGACCCAUUUAAAAAGUUUUUGUUCAAUUAGAUCAAUCAAAAUACUGAUUUUUUUUAAAUGUAGUCAUCUAUCAAUAUAAUGAAAAGUUUUAGACGACAUUUGAGUGACGCCUUAGUAAACCUUGAAAAUGUACACCCACUUACUAGAGCUAAAUGAGGGUGAUAAAGUAGCUUGAAGAAUAAGGAUUAUGAUUUACAGUUGAUAAUUAAGGUUAAAGAUUAGAUUUAUGGUUUUCAUCAUGAACUGACAUCAACCAAAAUGUCAAAACACUAUUUAGAAAAAUGGUUGAAUGGAUUUCGCGCCAAAAUCCAGGACCUGUUAUCCUAAAUCUGAUUGGUUUUUUCAUAAAUUAUAGUUUCGCGGUAAUUUUUGAGGUUUCAAUAGAUUACUUGUACAAAUAACUACUUCACAACCCAUAUGUAAUAAAACUAUUGGAUUGAAAAGAAAUACAUGUACCUGACAUUACACUAUGAAAAUAAAUUGAGUUCGAACUGUUUUUUUAGUCAAUAUAUGGAAAAUUAAUGUCCCUGGCAGAACUUAGAUAAUAAACGCCACUUUAUAAAUCACAACACGUGUAAGUAUUAUUAUACGAUGCAUAUAUGGUAUCUUCAUCAUUCUUAUAUGCAUAAAAAUUAGACAACAAACCGAUGAUGCUAAAUAUUAUUUUAAAUAAGUGGACAUGUACAACUGUAAGUACCUUUUCCUAGUGAGAAUAUCUAUAGAGAACUCGAAGUAAUUAAAAAAUUAAGUUGUUAAUGAAGCUUUAGAUGCUAUAGAUUUAGACCAAUCUCCAGUGAGUUAACAAAAUAUUACAGAUUAAAUCUAUUUACCAAUUAGUAGGAAAAGACAAUAAUUGUAAGACCAGCGCUUAGAUUAUAUAUUUAUAUUGCAUUGCCAAUCAUAAUAAAAAUCACUGGAAUGUAACAUUAUUUUUCAAGAAAUUUACAAUGUUUUUUUUCCUUCAAAGUUUGUUGCAAUAAUGCUGUAUGAUGUUGCGUCGCUCUUACAUAAAGAACUGAAAUAACCCUCAAUCAGUUCAUCAGAUGUCUUAUAAUGAGUUGCUGUCUCUAUAUAUCAAAAUCACAUUGCCGAAUUGACUUUUAGACUAUCUAGCUUUUUCUUUGUACAAUAGAUCGUUUUCGUCCUUACCUUGGUCUUCACUUUGUCAGAAAUCAUUGUUGUCUAUAGUAUGCACUGUUUUGUGUAGUUGUAUUCUGUUUAAUAGGUCCUUUUCUGUUCUUUUUUGUAUUACCGUUUCAAAAUACCUGAUAAUAAUAAAAAUUGCUGUUAAGCUUAUACACAAAGUAAUUGGUUAGUGAAACUUCUUCCCUAUACUCAUGAAUUGCUUAGACAGUUUACUUUUGUAAUCAUAUGCCUUCAUUAAAGAACUCUAUUUUAUUCACUAGCAAAUAAAAUGAAAGCAAUUGUAUAUUGCACUUAUAUAAUAGAUUUUUAAUACACUUUGCACAAUGAAAUAAUACUUUACACUUUUCUAGUUGUCAUCGAUAUAAUAAAAUUGAUAUUUCAGAAAAUGGGAAGAAAAAGUUCAGGAAAUACUUUCCAGAUGUUGUAUACAGGAAAAUGUGAUUAAUUCUAAAGGUACCUGUAAUGUCAAUAUGGAUUCCGGUGAACUUAAUAAACGAAUUCUCUCCACCUAGGAUAACGUCGAAGAGUUGGAUAUUACGAGAGUCAGAGUGUGAAGUACAAAUAAGUAAUGAUUUAUGUAUGUUUCUCACCACUUGUACAAGGAAACCUAUUUUGUAUACAGCUAGUAAUAAUAAAUAAUCUGUAAAUAUGAAAUAUAUAUAUCCUAAUAAUUCAUCCAACUUACCGUUA